AUGUUCAGAUUCCUCAUUUUUACAAUUUUGACGUUUGCUAUAGUCAGUGCGGAACAAAUUAGUGGAAUUUUUACAUCCUUUGACUCAUUGGUAUGGCAACAAUCUGGUACUUACCCUUAUACUAAUGGUCCAGGUUUCGCUAGUUGGAUUGCAACUUUAUCUUGGAAAAUCGAUGGGAGUACUGUACUGCCUGGUGAUACAUUCACUUUGAACUUACCGUGUGUUUUCAAGUUCACUUCUACUACACCGACUGUCAAUUUGACUGUCGGUCUGGUUAACUAUGCUACUUGUACAUUCAACCCUGGUGAUGUAGUUGUUUCAUUCUCCCAAUUGCAAUGUGUCCUUUUGGAUACUGUUACUCCACUGCUUGAUGCUAAUGGAUCUAUAAACUUCCCAAUAGUGUUUAAUGUUGGUGGCUCUGCUUUGAAUACCGAUUUACAAGAUUCUACUUGUUUCCAUAGUGGUCAAAAUACCGUUUCAUUCUAUGAUGGAAACAACCAACUUUCUACUCAAGCUACAUUUAACAAUGGUUCAUUUACUGAUCCAAAUAGUAUCGUGUUUAAUAACCGAGCCGUACCUUCAUUGAACAAACAACAACACUACCUACUUGCUGGUAACUGUCCAGCUGGUUACAGAUCUGGUUCAAUUGGUAUGAAUAUCCAAAACCUGGGAUCGCAAUUUGAUUGCAGUUCUAUUCAGAUGGCAAUCACGAAUGCCUUAAAUGAUUGGUAUUUUCCAGAAACUGCAGGAAAUUUCAGCUACACUUAUUCUUGUUCUUCUACUUCCUUUGUUGUCAAUUAUAAAAACAUUCCUGCUGGUUACAGACCUUUCAUUGAUGCUCUUGUCCAAGUUAACAAUGGAGUCAGUGUCGUCAUGAAUUAUGUUAAUACAUAUACGUGUACUGGUAGCAGAUCAUCUAUCAACAAUGGUGGAACUACUACUUGGGGUGCUUAUGAAAACAAUGAUGCUGGUGGUAAUGGGGAGGCAGUUGAAGUUGUUACACAAACAUAUACUGGUCUGACCACAAAAAUAUCAACCAUGCCGUUUUCUACAUCUAGUGACACAACCAAGACCAUUGUUGUUAAUGUUCCUAUCCCAACAGUUACUACCACUACAACUUAUGUAGGAAUUUCAACUUCAUACACCACAAAGACAGCCUUACCCGGCUCAACUGCCAACGUGAUUGAAUAUAACCCUGUUCAUACUACGACUACAGUUACUACUUGUUCACCUGGGCAAGUAUCAACUAUCACUACCACCUAUUCAACAUCCACCUGGGCCACUGAUACUGUGUUUAUAGUAACUGAAUGUCCAAGUCCAUCAUCUACUCAGGAGACACCAUCUACUGGGGAAAUAUCGAGCACA